ACUUAAUAUAAACAUAUACAGAAAAAAACGUCAAAAUUAUAAAUUUUUUUUCGGAAAACUUGGUCAAAAUUCAGUUUUAACAAUGGAAGGAGAAAUAUCAAUCAAGAGUGAGGAUGAACCCGUGCCAAUCAAAAUAGGAAUUAUUGGCGAAGCUGGCCUCGAUACACCAAUUGUGCUUACGGAUCGAAUGGAAUACGCUGUGUGCACCCCAUUUGGAAAACCGUCCGAUAUUUUAAUUGAAGGUCAGAUAGAAGGUGUCAAGUGUGCUCUCCUAUCGCGCAAUGGUCGCCUACAUGAUAUAAUGCCUUCUAAUGUGAACUAUAGAGCUAAUAUCUGGGCCAUGCGCAAAUUAGGAUGCACACACCUUCUAGUCACUCACACGGUUAGUUCAUUGCGUGAAAACAUUCAGCCGGGAAGCAUUGUUGUGCCACAUGAUAUAAUAGAUAAUACGACGAGAAGAGCCCAGACAUUUUAUGACGGAGCCGUUGGCAGUCCGUUUGGUGUAUGCCAUGUGCCAAUGUAUCCUGCUUUCUGCGACCGGACGCGUCAACAUUUAGUGACGGCAGCCAAAGAGCUCCAGCUGACCACACAUUCGCAGGGGACGGUUCUAACACUCGAGGGACCGCGAUACUCAACAGUCGCUGAGAACAACAUGUAUCGUAAAUGGGGAGCCGAUCUGCUGAGCAUGACUCUUUGCCCAGAGGCAAUACUAGCAAAGGAGGCCGGCAUUUUAUAUGGAUCCCUCAGUUUGGUUACCAAUAAGGAAUGCUGGUGUGCCAAUCAACCGAUUGCAACCACUCACGAGAUCAUUUAUAUUUACAAGAAGCAAGUUGACACACUCCAAAAAGUUCUAGUUAAUGCAAUACAAAGUAUUGGCAAGGAAGAUUGGUCCGAAGAUAUUCUUAAAGCCAAGAUUUUGGUGUGCAGUAACUUUGCCAAUCGUAAUCAAUGAUUAACCAUUAUAAUUACUUGUUUCCUGUCUAUAUCAUAAAGGUAAUAUGGCAUAAACCGAUUCUUCUAUUGUUAGUCCUAGAACAAAAAAAGAUCCUAGCCUUGGUGCAAAAUUAAUCAAUGACAGGCCAAGGGCAAACUAUGCGCCGAACUCGAUGUAUCUUGCAGAAUACAUAAGGACGACACCCAUUGUAAAAAUACGCACGUACCAUAGUUCGAAGCUUGCUUGCGUCCUUUGCUCAUGUUAUUCCAUGACGAAUUGUGAUUUUCCUUUAGAUUGAAUGGCGGAUAUUGGAAUUGUUGCAUUGAGCUUUGAUUAGCUUUAUGCAACAACAAGAAAAUAGAGAAAAAAGAAAACAAUAACCGAAAAUUUAUUGAAAGUUAUUUUCCACUAGUUAAACAAAAGCAUCAACAAAACUUCAUCCUACCGUAGCUUUCAUCAUUAUUUGGAGAAGGCAGAUUUUCAUAAGAUGCCUCAUCAACUUGUUGGCUCCAUGGUAUAUUGCGCUCCUCAACAGAUUUAGCUGUUUAGAAAGAAAUUGGAAGACAAUUUUAAACACAAACAAUAUAUUACAAGUGGAAAUGUAAAAGAAUCACUACUGAUGGUGUUUUUUUGUUUGUAAUCAGUUUGCCGAUACAUCAAUGCGGCAAAUCAGUGGGCCGAUUGGAACCUGUACCUGUAUUUCCUGAUAUUUUCAUCUGAAAUAAAAAACCGCAUUGAUUAAUUCACUGACACUGUGGCAUCACAACAAAACAUAA